GGCGGGGUCCCGUCCUCUGCAACUCUUGCUCCGAGGACCCCGCUCCAGAGACACAGCAGCGCUCCACCGCCCACACCCACAGCGCGCCAGCUCGCGUCUCCACCCGGACCUGUCCGCGCCACCGCAGCCGCCCAGCCCACCGCCACCCUCUGCAACCAUGUCCACCAGGUCCAUGUCCUCGUCCUCCUACCGCAGGAUGUUCGGUGGCCCCAGCACCUCCAGCCGGCCGAGCGCCAGCCGGAGCUACGUGACCACCUCCACCCGCACCUACAGCCUGGGCAGCUCGCUGCGCCCCAGCACCAGCCGGAGCCUCUACACCUCGUCCCCCGGCGGCGUGUACGCCACGCGCUCCUCUGCGGUGCGCCUGCGGAGCGGGGUGCCCGGCCUGCGGCUGCUGCAGGACUCGGUGGACUUCUCGCUGGCCGACGCCAUCAACACCGAGUUCAAGAACACCCGCACCAACGAGAAAGUGGAGCUGCAGGAGCUCAACGACCGCUUCGCCAACUACAUCGACAAGGUGCGCUUCCUGGAGCAGCAGAACAAGAUCCUGCUGGCCGAGCUCGAGCAGCUUAAGGGCCAGGGCAAGUCCCGUCUGGGGGACCUCUACGAGGAGGAGAUGCGGGAGCUGCGCAGGCAGGUGGACCAGCUGACCAACGACAAAGGCCGUGUCGAGGUGGAGCGCGACAACCUGGCCGAGGACAUCAUGAGGCUCCGGGAGAAGUUGCAGGAGGAAAUGCUUCAAAGGGAAGAUGCCGAGAGCACCCUGCAAUCUUUCAGACAGGAUGUUGACAAUGCUUCGCUGGCACGUCUUGACCUUGAACGUAAAGUGGAAUCCUUGCAGGAAGAGAUUGCCUUUUUGAAGAAACUACAUGAUGAAGAAAUCCAGGAGCUGCAGGCCCAGAUUCAGGAACAGCAUGUCCAGAUCGAUGUGGAUGUUUCCAAACCUGACCUCACUGCUGCUCUGCGUGAUGUGCGUCAGCAGUACGAAAGUGUGGCUGCCAAGAACCUUCAGGAGGCCGAGGAAUGGUACAAGUCGAAGUUUGCUGACCUCUCCGAGGCUGCUAACAGGAACAAUGAUGCCCUGCGCCAGGCAAAGCAAGAAUCAAAUGAGUAUCGGAGACAGGUGCAGUCCCUCACUUGUGAAGUGGAUGCGCUUAAAGGAACUAAUGAGUCUCUGGAACGCCAGAUGCGUGAAAUGGAAGAGAACUUUGCUGUCGAAGCUGCUAACUACCAAGACACUAUUGGCCGCCUGCAGGAUGAGAUUCAGAAUAUGAAGGAAGAAAUGGCUCGACAUCUUCGUGAAUACCAAGACCUGCUGAAUGUCAAGAUGGCUCUUGACAUCGAGAUUGCCACCUACAGGAAGUUGCUGGAAGGCGAGGAGAGCAGGAUUGCUCUGCCUCUUCCAAACUUUUCUUCCCUGAACCUGAGGGAAACCAAUCUGGAAUCCCUCCCUCUUGUUGACACCCACUCAAAGAGAACACUUCUGAUUAAGACGGUUGAAACUAGAGAUGGACAGGUUGGUAUCUUUAAAUCAGAACUGGAGUAAUUCCAGGCAGAUAUUGAACUUUUAAAUCAAUAAAUAUGCAUCUUAGUUAGAUACAACUAUCUAAUUUGGGACGUUUCAGAUUUACUCAUGCAUACUAAAAAGAGAAUAGUCCUCUUCUUCCAGUACUACACACAACCAACUAAUGAUUUGGUUUUUGGAAGUGAAGAUGAGAUACCAGUCUUCCUGCAGUCCAGAAUUAGUGCUUGUUCCCUGGUGUUUCAUUUGAAAAGGGAAUAUAAGUUACUUCCUACACUAGCUUCCUUCAGCUACCUCAAUGUCAGAAAUAUUUUGAUCCUAGAUAUAUGGCCUUCUCUGCUAACCACCACCUAGACAAUCCAAAGGCCUUUUUUGUAGCACAAGGUUGUGCCAUAUGAUCCAUGAAUUUCUUACUGUACCUCUAUACCAGGAAAGAAGUGCCCAAAAGUAGUUGUAAUUUUCAUCUCAUCUUCCCUUACACAUAAACUUAAAAUUUUAAUACCUUAAUUUCGAUCUUAUGGCAUCCUUCUUAAGGUUUUUUGGAGGAAUUUUCCCUUUUUAAAGUCAUAAUAUGCAUUUGACAUACAUAUGUGUCCACGCAGAGCAACAAAAUCUUCCCACUUUCCCAGUAAAUGACAU